GAAGAAAAUGAGUCGUAUUGAAUUUUUUAAGGUUGCAUAUUCAAAGAAAGAUGGUCGACCAGCUAAUGAUGCUGUUGCACAAGCCUUGUCAGACAUGGAUGAACUUAUGUCACAAAUGCCAGAGUCUUCUAUGCAAUCGUCAUCAGCAGUAGAUGAAGUUUUCACUCAAGUCAUGGGACCGGAGUGACCUGGACAUGUUAGAACAUAUGGUUUUGGACCAUCUCCGAGAGAUGUGUUUGGACAUAAAAAAUCAGAAGAAAUGCAAGCAAUGCAAUCCCAACUAGAUGAGCAAUUUAGUAGACAUAAGACAGAGAUGGAGGCUAAGCAAUUAAAGAUGGAGGCUCAGCCGGCACAAAUGGAGAAGCAAAUGAGUCAGAUGGAAGCUAAGUUUGAGGCUCAACAAAGACAAUUUGAGGUUUUUCUCGUUCAAAUGCGUGCAAUGGGUAUGCUUAUUCCUGAACCAGCUCGCAAAAACACAAAUCCACUUCCGGUUGAAAAGGUACCUGAUGCAUCUAGUACUCAUAAUAUAAACUCCCAUCGAUCAUCAAUGAGGAGUGAGUCAAGAAGUCUGGCAGUGCGAGACACAGAGUUUCGCGGUCAUUCUAGAGCAUCUUCAUUUGGUCAGGUACCAACAAUGCAGAUAUUGUGGAAAUUGGAGCUUCAAAAUCGUGUAAUAAUUGGGUGAAAGGGGAGAAACUUUAUAUCCCACAUUGCCAGCCAAGAUACAAUGGAAGAAAGAUUUGGUGUUGUUAUUUCACGGCUGGAGAUCCUUGUUGGCCGGACAAAUCAUAUUGUGAGGCCAACUGCCCACUUCCACCUGCUCUACAAAUUCCUUAGACUUGUAUAACGCUUUUCAUAAUGUUGUAUGUGCUCCACAUUAAAGCUAUUUGUUCAAUAAAAUUUUUAAUAAUCAAUCAUCAUUACUACAAUGUGUCGAAAAAUUACGUGUAUCAAGUCAAUCAGAACAUCUCUUGCAAGACUUAUACUUAUCAUUUUCGAGAUAUUAACCAUUAGAACUGCAUAUGAGAUAUGAUAACAGAUUGACACUAGUUCAUUG